CCCUUUAGUUAGGUAUGGAUGCCUGUACAUACACGACUAAUUACGUUUCUGUGAUUUCAUCUGAUUUUCAAUGCAAAGAAUGCAUUUAAAACGCUUCACGCCUGUGGCAUAGCCUGAAACAAACCGCUUGAAUAUAUAGUCCCUCGCUUGUUUUAGGGAGCUCGGUUUCUCACGUCUAUCACGUCUGUUGUUUAGGUGUUACGCAAACGCAUGUCACGAUUCGCAAUUAAGCUGUCAUGGCACUCACUUUAGAAAAAAAAAAACACAGAGCUGAACUUCAAAUCGCCGGUGACUGUGAAUGUUUUGCUCAUUUACUACGACGCUUCAUUAUUGAUGGAGCGCGAGGACGAGAGAGGCUCUGAAGAGGUUUCGAAGAGCUUAUGUAACGAGUCCUAUAAGGGCCGAGCCCAGCGAGCUGAAGACAGGCAUUUGAGACGACCUCCACCCGCGGGACAGGCCUCCUCCUACCUCACCCUCGCCAAACUCCAGACAGAAUGCCUCCCUACGAGAAAUCCAUGGAAAUAACGCCUUUCAAGCAAAGGAAGUGCCUCGCAACAAGAAAAGAUGAAGUCUGCACAAUUCGAUCUAAGUUCCCCAACAAAUUACCAGUAAUUGUGGAGCGAUAUCUCCGGGAGAAAAAGCUUCCUCUACUGGACAAAACCAAGUUUCUUGUGCCACAUGAGCUGACAUUAGGGCAGUUCCUCAGUUUGCUCAGAGGUAAGAUCGCGCUAGAGGCAUCUCAAGCUCUGUACCUGCUGAUCUCAGGAAAGAACAUGUCCUGUUUGUCAGCCAGCAUGGGAGAAGUUUACUCUCAGUUCAGAGACCCCGAUGGCUUCCUCUACAUAACCUAUGCAUCCCAGGACAUGUUCGGAUGAAAAGACCUUCACACUGAGCAUGACACAUUGAUCACCUCACAUACCUCCAGACUGAUGCCUCUCUGAGAUCACGUAUUGCUGCUAAAAGAAGAUUCUCACUGUACAUCAAACCCAAAACCACACAGACUACCGGCUACACUUGGCCAAGAGGUCUCUUCUGAUCUCGUUUCUUAAUAGUUUAGGUUUUUUUGAGGCUAAUGUUGAAGCGUAAUCAGUAGAUUUGAAAGAGGUUACAUCUGAGACGUCUAACGAAGAACAGAAAAGGGAUGCCACUGGCAUUGCUCCUCAAGCUGCCCGGUCAUGAGGCUCCAACACAAAAAAGGACGUCCUGUUCCUCAUAGGACCGGGGAAGUCCUGUCACAAUGAGACGGGGUUUGUUCGAUGCUGGUUUCCUUUCCUUGUUCUUUCUGUGACUGUGCAUCUGUCUCUAAAACAAACACAGAGGAAACUGACAAACAAAAAACUAUUUAAGCAUCUAUUGGAAUGAAAACGAGUGCAAACAACACAGUCAUUAUGUACUCAGCUUCAAAUGCAGUUGGAAAAUACUCAAUAAAUCAGUUUAGUUAUUUUAA